AUGGACUCUCCUCAUUCUCCCCCAGGACUUUCAGUCUUGCUUGAGAGCCUGUACUCCCUGCCGAUAUCUGAAAUUAGCACAAGUGAAGGAUUUCGACGUCUUCUAGGUUCGGGCGUUGAUAAGGAACGGAUUUUGGAGGCGAUUCCAGACACGCCGCAUCUUUCCUCUCGACCACUGGCGUUGCUUCGUGUACUAUUGACCGAGUUACCGGGAUCAUGGCCGACGUUCCCUCUAGUCAAAUGCUUCACAAGACUAUAUCACUUAAUGCCAGAAGAUGCCAGGUCUUAUAAAGACAAGAGAGCAACACAAAUUAUUCAUGACACUUCGGAAAUGGUUAAACAAUCUUAUGAAUCGUUUGCGUCUUUCAUAUCUUACGACUCAAGGCCAGCUCUGAGAUCAUCAACGCCAGGAACCUAUAUAACCCACAAUGGGCUACGAAGAUUUGUUGAUAGUUUUCGACUUCCAUCUGGGAAGUUGACUCGCAAGCCGAUUGUCGCAAUAGCUUUGCCCAAUGGUCCGUUGCUUGCUGCGACCUGUAUCGCGGUUACAACAUAUUAUACCUCUGCGCCAAUCAAUCCUGCUGCUGGCGCGGAGCAAUUCCGCGCAGAUGUGCAACAAGCUGGUGCCAAGUUCAUCUUAACGACGAGAGACGACUAUGAAAGACUAGAAUUAGGGGAUCCCUGGGUCGCCUCAGCAGGAAUUCAAGUCUUCGUGGUCAAGUGGGACAAUAACGACAAGAUCGAAAUCCAAGACCUUGACGGCAUUGCAGUUUCGCAGCCGAGCCAGAAUCCUCCUCACAAUGGACCAGAUGAUUUUGGAUUGAUACUUUUUACAAGUGGCACAUCCGGUACAAAGAAAGUUGUUCCCAUGACAAUGCAUUCUAUUAUCGCUGGCAUUAGCUUCGUUGUAGAGUCAUGGGGUCUGACUGCUUCGGAUAUAUGUCUGAACAUGAUGCCAUUGUACCAUGUUGGAGGAUUGGUAAGGAACAUCUUUGCUCCUAUCUUCGCAGGUGGAUCGACAGUAUGCUGUGCAGCAUUUGAUCCCGGCUUAUUCUGGGAUAUAGUCCAAGAAACUCCCGUUACGUGGUAUUAUGCAUCUCCAUCAAUGCACUCUGUUAUUUUGGCCGCUGCUUCGGACCGUCAAGUGGCCUUGAAACAGAGCUGCAUUAGAUUGGCAUGUAAUGCUGCUGGAGGUCUCCUGCCGUCGUUGGCAUGCAAACUUCGAGAUACAUUCAAAUGCGUUGUGCUUCCAAGCUAUGGAAUGACCGAAUGCAUGCCAAUAUCAACGCCGCCACUUAAUUACGAGCUGGACAGAGAAGGUACAUCAGGCGUCAGCGUAGGGCCAGAGCUUUCCAUAUUGGAUUGGUCGGAUGAUCCUGUCCCAUUGGGCGAUAUAGGGAGGAUCUGCGUGCGCGGUGCGCCUGUGUUUCCCGGAUACCUCAAACCAGACGGAACUCUUGACAAGUCGCCAUUCAACUCAAACGGCUGGUUUGACACAGGUGAUCUUGGUUACAUGGAUAAAGACGGUUACCUUUACAUCACUGGAAGGAGCAAGGAAGUUAUAAACCGAGGUGGUGAGCUCAUCUCGCCCUUCGAGGUGGAAAAUGCCAUUAUGCGCUUAUCCAUGUCCCCGGAGUCGCCUCUCCAUGGACGUAUUCUCCAAACUCUUGCCUUUUCGGUGCCUCACGAUGUGCUGCAAGAAGUCGUUGCAGUGGUGUUGGUAACCCCUGCAAAUACCCCUCGCGUCGAUCUGAAAAUGCUACAGACCGCUUUGCGUUUGUCAUUACAGCAAGUCAAAUGGCCAGUUCUCAUCAUCUAUAUGAAUGAUGUUCCAAAGAAGAACAACAAAGUCUUGAGAAUCAGACUAGGCCAGAGAUGUGGGAUACCAGAAUUAACAGAUGACACAUCUUAUCUGAACAGGCACUGGGAGGCUACAUGUCCGCCUCCCGACACCGACCUCUCAAUUACAAUCAAGACAUUACAAUGUGCUAUUGACUAUAGUACCUUGUCUGCUGGCUUGGACGCCAUUGUUCCUGGCAAUUUUAGGCACUACUGCAAACAGAAUCACACUAGGGGGUCAUUGCAAGCUUUUAUUAGCCCGAUUGAAGGACAUUCAGGGGCACUGAAUCAGCAGCCAGAUGCAUUGAAAGCACAGCUAUCCAGAACCAUUCACGGAUAUUUGGUGCCCGAACACGUAUACCUGCUGCCAGAUCCCCUGCCACUCGAUCCUUCUGGCGCCGUCGAUAAUGACGAGCUGGAUCGGCUACUUGCAGAAAUGGACAUUGAUUCUUUGCAGGUGCUUGAGGCGUCUACUGAAGGAAAAGUCAAAAAGAUUUUUGCAGAUGUUCUUUCCAGAGACCCACGGGACAUAGUACCCAACGUUGAUUUUUUCACUCUCGGUGGAGAUUCUCUUAAAGCAGGGCGUCUGGUAUCAGCCUUACGGUCUGCGUUCGCUAUCCAGAUUCCCAUCCAGCUUGUCUUCAACCAAGGGACUGUUUCUGCUAUUGCUACUUUUGUCGACAAAACAAUAGAACUUCAACCGGCUAAUGCAGUCACUGAUAACAAAGUUGGCUGUUCAAAGACUUACAGCUCGACAAACCCCUUCGUGAUGUUUCUUCAGCUGAUUCCGCUCACCGUUAUCUAUCCUCUGCGUCGUGCAAUUCAAUGGACCGCCUUUAUUGUUGCUUUGGGCUACGUGGAAAGCUGGCCAACAAAUCACCAUACGCUGGGUCGGCUGUUCAAUGUGGUGAUUUCGGUUGUAUUCUCAAGAUUCGUUAUUCGAAUUGUCAGUCCCUUUUUUGGCAUCGCGGCGAAAUGGCUGAUCAUUGGCCGCUAUCGCGAGGGGCUUUAUCCCAUGUGGGGGACAUACCACACGCGCUGGUGGAUGGUCCAGAAGAUUGUCAGCCUUUGUGGAAAGGGACUCUUCAAUAUGAAUGGAAGCAUGAAGCUCAUGUAUUACCGACUGAUGGGAGCGAAGAUUGGCAAGAAUGUUCAGAUCUCCGGCACCUCAGUUGGUGAGUGGGAUCUUCUUGAUAUCCGAGAUGGGGCAACUCUCUCACAAUGCAUGUGUCGUCCAUUUGCUGUGGAGGGCAAUACGUCGAUGUAUUUGGGCCGUAUUGUUAUCGGAGAGAAUGCGUCUGUUGGUGCAGCAUCAAUCAUAGCCCCUGGUGCAGUAGUUCCUGCCAAUGCUUGCAUAGGAGCGAAUUCGUCGAGCUGGGAGCUUGAUGAUGCUGACGAGGAGAACCGGACCCUUUCUUCUAACCAAGCGCAAAAACCGCAUGUGCUUCUCACAUGCUUAUUUACUGUGCCGCUGGUAUUCUUCGUAUGGAUCCUGUCGCUGCUCCCUUGGCUGGGUGGUAUCCUCGGCAUGGUAGAAACGAUGCCCUCCCCAGAUAUCUCGCCAGUACGAGGUGUUCUUGACUGGUUCUCGACCCCCACACGGGUGGGAUAUCACUCUCUUGCUUUAAUCCUGCGAAGUAUGGCCAGUCCGUACAUCUUCUUUGCUUUUACCUUGGUUGUGAAGUUGCUGUUGGAUGCUGUAUUUGGAAAGAUGACUAUUGCCUCUGCAAGAGACCAGGGAGCGAUUGUUACGUGGCGAGCAGCUCUAAUGAAGACCUUGCUGCCAGUUUCGCGCCUACACGACAUGACAGUCAUGUUUGGCCAGCAUUACGAAGCAACAUCUAUUGCUUUACGCUUACUGGGAGGCCGAAUAGGCAAGCGAAUUUACUGGCCAGGGACGGGUCCCGGUAUUGGUGAUUACCAUCUGAUAGACAUCGGAAACGAUGUCGUAUUUGGUUCUCGCUCUCGCUUCGUUACGUCGGAUGGCACUGGUUCCGAGAAGAUCACAGUCCAAGACCGUGCUAUGAUCGCAGAUCGAGUGUGUCUACUCCCCGGCGUGACAGUUGGCAGUCAAACUACUAUGGGUUCUGGCUCCCUGACACGCCGGGGGGCAUCUUAUGCAUCUGGUGGUGUCUUUGUGGGCUCAAAAGGCCGCGACUGUGUCCAUCUCUCAGGUGGCCAGAGCACGGCAGUUGAUGAAAAGAAAUUGAGCCGUUCCCGUACCCGUACCCGCAUGCGACAUAUACGCAGCGAUGACACUCUCACUGGCAAUAAGACGGAUUUAGAUUCCAAAGAGAGUAACAUACAAGUUCGAAUUCCUCAUUCGAGUAGUGAGGAAACGCUCGCCGAGCUGCGCACUUCAAAAACGAGGCGUGGUGAGAUGAAAAAGGAGGGCUUUGCGGCCUCUGAAAACGAAACAGAUGAUCGUGCGUCAGAAACGACGGAAACAGACGACUUGUCUCCAUUUGGACGUGCAUUCUAUCUCAAACGAGCGCCUUACCACGUGCUCGGACAGUUUGUCAUCUUCUGCUAUUCCUCACUCAUCGUCAUUUUCACCACCUUUUACUGGAAUGCCCCAGUUGUCAUAUGCGCACAAGUGGUUGACCACCUGAUGAAUCGAUUCGUCCGCCGCGACAUAGGCUAUGUAUUGAAUGUUGGCGUACUAUUCCUCAUGUCUUGGGCAAGCAUGGCUAUCGCAUUCACAAUGUUGGCCGCUUUGGCACUAUUCAUUGUCAUUGCGAGCAAAUGGAUUCUGAUAGGUCGCCGUAUGCCUGGAAACUAUGACUGGGAUAAAUCUUCUUACUGUCAACGAUGGCAGAUCUUCCUCAGCAUCGAGAGGCUUCGACGGCGCUGCUUUCAUAGUCAGGGUAUUAUAGGGCUCCUAACAGGAACCAACUGGAUCGUUUUGUAUUUCCGAGCACUGGGCGCUGAGAUUGGCAAAGACUGCGCCCUUUUUGCCAAUGGCAAUCCCAGCUUGAUGUUUACAGAGCCCGACUUGAUCAAGCUAGGAGACAGAGUUGCUAUUGACGAUGCUAGUGUGGUGGCUCAUAUCAACACUAGGGGCAAGUUUGAUCUGAACAGACUGAAUAUUGGAGACAGGUGUGUGAUGCGUUCGGGAAGCAGACUGCUGAGCGGUGCCACGAUGAAGGAUGAUAGCUGUCUUUUGGAACAUACGCUCAUUAUGGGUGGUGAUGUUGUGGAAGAAAGGUGGACAAUGCAGGGAUGGCCUGCAGAGAAGUAUACCGGAAAGAGAGCAGCGAUUGAGUAG